AUGACAAACGUGGAGUUCAAAGCGACCUGCCUGGGUUUUCAAAGGAGGAUGAACCAGAGGACUGAUAAGGAGGCCAAUGUUACCGAUGACACCGCCACAGACAUGCCGGCGAGUUUUGAUUGUAGGAAGGAAGGCGCUGUAACUCCGGUCAAGGAUCAAGGCCAAUGUGGCAGUUGUUGGGCUUUUUCCGCGGUGGUGGCCGUCGAAGGCCUCGACAAGAUCAAGACGGGGAAGCUAGUGUCUGUAUCGGAGCAGGAGCUCAUGGAUUGCGAUGUCGGGAAGCACGACCAAGGCUGCAGCGGCGGAGCCAUGGACACCGUUUUUUCCUUGGUCCAACACAACCGAGGCAUCGCUCCCGAGUCCAAUUAUCCUUACCGAGGACGGGAAGGAUCUUGUGACGAGACCAGGCUUGGGAAUCAUGUGGCCACGAUAAGCGGAUACAGCAAUGUGGCCACGGACGGCGAGGGAAGCCUGCAAGCCUGGUGGCCCGCCAACUGA